UUGUACUCUGAAUAACGCUAACCUGAAGAAAAGAGUGUAAGAGUAGGAAACGAGAUUGACGAACCCUAAGCUGAAAGAAGAAAAAAUGUCUGGCGUGAAGAGAGCACUGAGGCAGUUCACCUUCGGAACCGGCAAGACCGCCGGUCGCAACUCGGCGGGGCGCAUAACGUCCUUCCACCGCGGCGGCGGAGCCAAGCGCUUGCAACGAACCGUCGAUCACAAACGGAAUACCGCUUCUUCUCUCGGCGUCGUCGAAAGGAUCGAGUACGACCCUAACCGCUCCUCCAAAAUCGCCCUCGUUCGCUGGAUCGAAGGCGUCCAUCACCGUCGCCGCCGCGCUGCCCCCGCCAACGCCGCUUCGCCCAAGCUCCUCCAUCUCGAUCCCGCCGCUACCGACGCUAACAGCAUUCGCGGCGUUUUCGCUCUCAAUUCGAUGCUGCCGCACACUCACGCUGGAACAUCCUCCAGAGAGCUUUUUCUGUCUGCGUUGGCGUCCAAGGCCAAGGGAUCAGAAUCGGAAUCGGUUUCUUCGCUCGGAAUUCCGAGGUUCGCGGUUGCGGCGGCGAGGGCUCCGUUCUUCGCGCAGCGUGCGAGAGGGGAGGAGACGUUGGAGGUUCGGCAUUGGAGAAGGAAUAGCGACGCGUGGGCGCAUAGGAACAAACGUAAAGCAGCGAUUUCGUGGCAAAGCAUUGCUCGUUGAGUUGACUGAUGGUGUUCAGAAUUGUAAAACUAAACUUAUAAUCUCUCUCGCUUUUUUUUUUAAAAGGAUUAAUUGCUAGUUGAGGUUGUGUUUCUCUGAAUGUUGAGGCAUGAACCAUGGAUUGGUGAAUGCUGUUUAGUGUUAAGGUCAUUUGCACUGGACUUUAUUGGUGACUCUAGUGAAAUUGAGAGAGGAGCUGAAUGAUUAUUGUUGUUUUUCUGAACUGGAAAUAAUCAGUGUCUUUGGAAUAGAUAGUUAUUAAGACUGAUUCUUUUUAUUUCGUUGAAAUUUAAAGAUCGGAACAGAAUAGAUGACUGUGUCAUUUCCAUCAUCCUGUUUCGAGUGAUUGAGGAAAGGACUUACCAGUUUACUUCUCAUUUGGAUUAGUAGGAGCAAUGUUUGUGAGUUAAUAUUUAGCCAGAGAUGUCUUCUUUUAA